UCGGAGAGGAGGCCGUGUGGAGUGGGGCGGGCCAGGAGCAAGGAGAGGCCUUCCUCCCUUUGUACUCCCCCUCCUCUCCUCCCCCCAGGGGCCCUAUAAAUAGGCCCAGCCCGGGCUGUGGCCCAGCGCUCGCUCGGAGGGAGUCCAGCACCAGGCAGCGGUCUCCAGCCAAGCCCCCUGCCAGCAUGGCCAGCGAGUUCAAGAAGAAGCUCUUUUGGAGGGCGGUGGUGGCUGAGUUCCUGGCCAUGACCCUCUUCGUCUUCAUCAGCAUCGGGUCUGCCCUGGGCUUCAACUACCCGCUGAAGAACAACCAGACCUCAGGUGCGUCGCAGGACAAUGUGAAGGUGUCCCUGGCCUUCGGGCUGAGCAUCGCCACGCUGGCGCAGAGCGUGGGCCACAUCAGUGGCGCCCACCUCAACCCGGCCGUCACCCUGGGGCUGCUGCUGAGCUGCCAGAUCAGCAUCCUCCGGGCUCUGCUGUACAUCGUUGCCCAGUGCGUGGGGGCCAUCGUCGCCACCGCCAUCCUCUCGGGCAUCACCUCCUCCCUGAGUAACAACUCGCUUGGCCGCAAUGAGCUGGCCCCCGGCGUGAACUCCGGCCAGGGCCUGGGCAUCGAGAUAAUUGGCACCCUGCAGCUGGUGCUGUGCGUGCUGGCCACCACCGACCGGAGGCGCCGUGACCUUGGGGGCUCAGGCCCCCUGGCCAUAGGCCUGUCUGUGGCCCUGGGACACCUGCUGGCGAUUGACUACACCGGCUGCGGUAUUAACCCUGCCCGCUCCUUCGGCUCGGCGGUCAUCAGCCACAACUUCAGGGACCACUGGAUUUUCUGGGUGGGGCCAUUCAUCGGCGGAGCGCUGGCCGUGCUCAUCUAUGACUUCAUCCUGGCUCCGCGCAGCAGUGACCUCACGGACCGCGUGAAGGUGUGGACCAGCGGCCAGGUGGAGGAGUAUGACCUGGAUGCGGACGACAUCAACUCCAGGGUGGAGAUGAAGCCCAAGUAGAGGGGGCCUGGCCCUGGCAUCCAUGUGGGGAGGGGGGGUCACGGGUGGGGAGCGGGAGGGCAGGGGUGAACUCCAUAUUAUAGACACUCUGACACGCUGGCCAGAGUCACGUCCCAAACACCCGUGGGACUCGCGCGGCCGAGCCUGACGUGGGGCUGUUUCUAUCACUUUCUUUCUCUUUCUCUGUUUCGUGGCCUCGGGCCUUCCUGGAGACCAAGAUGUACCACUCACCCACUCCCGUGAAGUCACAGAGGAGGUGAAAGAGAGGGGCCCGCCCUGAUAAGUUGUCCCCUCAGAGUGUGACAGGAGGUAGCCAGAAAGUACCCCUCCACCCAAAGUCGCUCACCAACUCCCCUGUGGCGGGUGCCGGGGCUCCACCAUCACUGCUCUGUGCCUUUGGGCGUGGCCCUCUUUCUUAUCACAUGCACUUUGUCCCCAAGGGCACUUUGAGGGGAAGAGACCCCAGGAAGCUCAGUGUUAGGGGCAAG